AUGAGUAGUAGACCCAGCAUGCACUCCUACUUCAACGGUUCAGCCACCUCUCCCUCGGCUCAGGACAAUGAGGCCCUGGAAGACAAUUCAUACGACGAGGACGCUCCCCCUUCUUCCAAGUCCAUCAGCACCAAGGCUCGAAACCGCAGAGCGAGUGAGGGGUCAUACCUGAUCAAGGGCGAAGGGAAAAAGCCCUCCUCGGACCUGCGUUGUGAUACCUGCGGAAAGGGCUACAAACACAGCAGCUGCUUGACCAAACAUCUAUGGGAACACGAUCCUGCGUGGGCCAUCACCUCCAAACUCCUCAUUUCGAAGCAUCAGCAAGUCCAGCUUCUGGAGGCUGCCUCAGUCUUGUGCACCAUGACCUCUGAUAAUUUGACGCCCGGCCAAUCCGAAAACGAAUCCUCUCCCGUCGACCCGAGCGACGCUUCUUCUGGCUCGCCAGGAUUGUCAUCCUCAGAGAUGCAUGAUGGAGUUAGCUCGGUCGAGACAACCCCCCCUCCCAUGAGCGAAGGUGCAUACCCCGUUCCUUCCUCCAAACGCUUCAGCACCAGCAGCAAUGGCUUCUCGCGUUCCUACCGAUCGGUCCAGUCGAGCUCAUAUGCCGAGAGUGUUCUUUCUCCAGGGCUACCCCCUCACAGACUUUCCGGGGUUGAUUUCCGACCUACCACCUCGGGUACCGACGAUGGCACUCUCGCUGCCGCCACAGCUGGUCUCAGUUUCAAUAGCGGCACGCCUCGCACCAAGCCAGUCUAUCUCAGUUCAGAUGUACCACCUGUACCACCAUUGCCACAACAAUAUCAGUCAUUCAAUAGCAAGUCUUCCGACAGUACAUUGACCAACGUAUAUAAUCCCUUAUUGCAGCUGCAUCCCACCACCCUGACUCAGAACCUGUCGGAUGAAAGAAACUACAGGGACUCUGGGGAAGCGAAAGAUAUUCACAUGGACGAUGAAGAAAUGUUUCGUAUGGAGGAAUAA